GCUUCAGGUCUGAACAUGAGGAGCAGCAGGGGAGAUAGCUGCACUGGUUUCAGCUGAGCGGCGCGUCUCUCUGUGUCUCCUGCGGAUAUUUCGCCUGAAAAGUGGAAUUUGCUGAACAGAUCGAAUGAAAACCCGCUGGUCACAUUUGGGAUUAGAAGAUGGGACAAGCUUCUUGACAGAGAAAGGAAAUAUGCAGCAGGAAAACUAAGCAUGGCUGCGCAUCGAAUUCGAGCAACAAAUAACAACAACGCAAUACCUCGCUGCAAGUCUGAGGGCACACUUAUUGAACUAAGUUCUGGAGUGUCAGAUGCCACCCUCUCCGAUGUUAAAGGGCCCAGUCUUAGCACUUUACGACUGGAAGCUACUGCCUCAAUUGAAUCUGCUAGAGAAGUCAUUGCCAUUAAAGAUUACUGUCCAUCAAACUUCACCACCCUAAAGUUUUGUAAGGGAGACCAUCUUUAUGUUCUUGACACAUCUGGUGGAGAGUGGUGGUAUGCCCAUAAUAACACAGAGAUGGGAUACAUCCCAGCAGCCUAUGUCCAACCUGUCACACAUCGAGAAUCUUUAUCCUGUGACAGUGGCAUGAUUGACAGCCUAGGAGACAUUUCCAAUGAUGGGUCCAAAGUGCCAGAGCAACGUGGAGAGUGGUCAGAGCACAUAAAACCUACCGUUCCUCAAAAAGGAAACCCUUUUGGAACUAAGCGGAUGUCUCUCAACCCAUUCCUUGAAGGCUCCUUGCUAACUGAUCAAAACAGUAUCCAGAGUUCAACAGACCACCUUGGUUUUGAUACGUCCUCCUCUCCAGACUCAAAAAACAGCAGCAGUAUUAACAUCAACAAGUUUGGAAGUAAUGUUUUGGAUACAUAUUGCUUGAGCCCUGGCACAGAGAAGGGUCCAGUUCUUAGAAGGAACAACCCAUUUUAUAGGAGCAAGCGUUGUUACAGUUUGUCCGAACUGUCCAUCUUGCAAUCACAGGCAGAUGUACCUCCAGAAUUCUCUGGUUUUUUCGGUAGCUUGAAAGCACCUUCACCUGAGCAGUUUCAGAGUAGAGAAGACUUCAAAAAUGCCUGGUUAAACCACCGCAAGUUUACAAGGUCCUGCCAUGACCUAGAUUCCAUUGGGCAAAAUCUUGGAUGGGGUCAAACACAGCCAUUAGAGACCAAUAUUGUGUGCAAACUGGACAGCUCAGGUGGUGCUGUUCAGUUACCCGACACUAGUAUCAGCAUCCUUGUACCCGAGGGCCACGUUGCACCAGACGACACUCAGCAGAUAUCUUUAAAGGCCUUGCUGGACCCACCGUUGGAGCUUAACAAUGACAAAUGUACUACUGUGAGCCCAGUGGUGGAGAUUAAGCUUAGUAAUAUGGAAACUAAAACCACUGUAACAUUAGAGAUGAAAGUGUCUGUUGUAGUCAAGAUGGAGAGUCGACAAACAGCAGAAGUGAUCUGUGUCCGCAGUGACUGCAAGGAGGGACCCUAUGUUCCAAUUCCUCAUGUUUAUAUGUAUGGAGAUACAGUACAGGUAACCUUGGACAAUUUAGAGCCAUGUAUGUAUGUAUCUGUUGUUGCUCAAGCCCAGGUUGUAGCCCCAUACAACACAGUCUGGGAGCAUGUUGUAAAGAAAGUUACACUUGGCGUAUAUGGUCCCAAGCAUAUACAUCCAUCCUUUAAGACAGUUGUUGCCAUGUUUGGCCAUGAUUGUGCCCCAAAAACAUUAUUAGUAAGUGAGGCUAAAAUGCAGUCUCACUCUAUUCCACCAGUAUCCCUCCAACUCUGGGGAAAACACCAGUUCGUACUUGCAAAGCCUCAAGAUCUUAAGGUUGGUGUGUAUUCCAACAUCUCAAAUUUUGAAGUGAAAAUUAGUGAGCAGACAAGGGUGGUGAGGAGUUUUCAGCUGAAACUUGGCAAAGUAUCACGCCUCAUCUACUUGAUAUCUGCCCGAGAUCCAGACAACAUCUCGGACUUCACUUUGCGCAUUCAGGUUAAAGAUGACAAGGACUGCAUCCUUGCCCAGUUUUGCGUUCAGACACCACCUCCUCCACCAAAGGUUGCAACAAGCUCGGUGCAGAGGCGCUUUUUAAAGAAAAAGGAAAUGCACAAAUCUGUACUGCCACCUCUAAUAGGACUCACAAAAUACCCUGUGUUUCAAGACAGACCAGUCAAAAAUAUCAAGUUUGGAAAGCUGCUAAAAACUGUCCUUAGACAGACAAAGAGCCAGUAUUUGCUGGAAUACGUGAAAGGAGAUGUGGUGGCACUUUUGAGUGAAGAAAAAAUCAAACUUAAAGGGCAUCUUUGGACCAAGGAGUGGUACAUUGGAUACUAUCAUGGCAGAAUUGGAUUGGUACAUGCCAAGAACAUUCUUAUAAUGGGAAAAGUCAAACCAGUUAAUUUAAAGGGGCCUGAGCUAACCUCUACUGUUCUUUUAGAGCAAAUCCUAAUCCCCUGCAAAUGUCUCACUUACAUGUAUUCCUCAUUGAGGUCUAUACUGAUGGAAAACGUAAAUAGCUGGAGAGCAUUUGCGGAUGCCUUGGGCUAUGUCAACCUUCCUCUGGCACACUUUUGUCGUACAGAACCAAACAGUGAGCCAGAAAAAGUGGCCUGUGUUCUUGAGAAGCUUAAAGAAGACUGCAACACAUCUGAAGUAAAGCAAAGGAAGUCUUUCCAAAAGGAGCUCUUUAUGGCCCUGCUGAAACUGGACUGUCAGGGGCUGGUGGCUCGGCUGCUGAAGGACUUUGCGCUUCUCACUGCAGCAGUGGAAGUGUCUGACCGCUGGAGAGAGCUUGCAGAAAAACUGGCCAAAGUGUCACGCAAACAGAUGGAUUCUUACGAGGCUCCUUACCGAGGCACAGAUGGUGUGAUAGAGAGCGAGGCCAUGUGGAAGCCGGCGUAUGAUUUCCUGGUAACGUGGGCAGCCCAGAUCGGUGAUAGUUACAGGGACAUACUCCAGGAGCUUCACACUGGCCUCGACAGAAUGAAGAACCCCAUCACCAAGCGCUGGAGGCACUUAACAGGAACACUCAUCCUCAUCAACUGCCUGGACCUGUUACGGAGCACCGCCUUCAGCACCGCCCCCCAGGACGACUGCGCCGUGUAGACGUCACAGAUGCAUCUGAAAUGACACCCUAUUCACGAUACAGUGCAAUAUAUGACAUAUAUCAUGUUCAAAAGCAUAGUGGCAAAUUCCAUGUCAUAGCAUGUAAAGUUUACGCAUAAUCCUCAUUGCUGUUUGUAGAUGAAAUAAGUAACGAUUUUAAGCACUUUUCCCUUCAACAUUUUAAGAUUUCCCUUCUCCAUUUCCUCUUGCUUCACUCCCCAUCGGCAGAGGGAUCGAGUCCAUAUGACUGUAGACACACAAUUCAAAAUAUAAUAAAAUAGUGGUGUUUAUAAAAGUAAAUUAGCUAGCUAAUUAGCAAGAUUAUAGGAUCAAAAGAAAUACUGUACUAUUUACUGUGCUAUGUACAGUCAAGAACUAAAUCAAAUUCAAGUUGUCCAGAGACCCUAAACACUCCACUCCUCUGAUACACACUUCCUAGUGAACAGGGAAAGUCAACCAGGUAGUGUUGCAAACAGUAUUGAAAAGCAAGAAUUGUGGUUUUCCGCUGGAGUAAAUCACACUGACAAUUCACACAGACAAUUUCUCUGUCUAUUAAUGAAAUAGCCUUAGUGAAAUACACUAUAUUACCAAAAGUAUUCGGUCACCUGCCUUGACUCACAUAUGAACUUAAGUGCCAUCCCAUUCCUAACCCAUAGGGUUCAAUACGAUGUUGGUCCACCUUUUGCAGCUAUUACAGCUUCAACUCUUCUGGGAAGGCUGUCCACAAGGUUGAGGAGUGUGUUUAUAGGAAUUUUUGACCACUCUUCCAAAAGCGCAUUGGUGAGGUCACACACUGAUGUUGGUCGAGAAGGCCUGGCUCUCAGUCUCCGCUCUAAUUCAUCCCAAAGGUGUUCUAUCGGGUUCAGGUCAGGACUCUGUGCAGGCCAGUCAAGUUCAUCCACACCAGACUCUGUCAUCCAUGUCUUUAUGGACCUUGCUUUGUGCACUGGUGCACAGUCAUGUUGGAAGAGGAAGGGGCCCGCUCCAAACUGUUCCCACAAGGUUGGGAGCAUGGAAUUGUCCAAAAUGUUUUGGUAUCCUGAAGCAUUCAAAGUUCCUUUCACUGGAACUAAGGGGCCAAGCCCAACUCCUGAAAAACAACCCCACACCAUAAUUCCUCCUCCACCAAAUUUCACACUCGGCACAAUGCAGUCCGAAAUGUACCGUUCUCCUGGCAACCUCCAAACCCAGACUCGUCCAUCAGAUUGCCAGAUGGAAACGAGUGAUUCAUCACUCCAGAGAACGCGUCUCCACUGCUCUAGAGUCCAGUGGAGGCGCUUUACACCACUGCAUCCGACGCUUUGCAUUGCACUUGGUGAUGUGUGGCUUGGAUGCAGCUGCUCGGCCAUGGAAACCCAUUCCAUGAAGCUCUCUGCGUACUGUACUUGGGCUAAUCUGAAGGUCACAUGAAGUUUGGAGCUCUGUAGCAAUUGACUGUGAGGAAAGUCGACGACCUCUUUGCACUAUGCGCUUCAGCAUCCGCUGACCCUCUCCGUCAGUUUACGUGGCCUACCACUUCGUGGCCGAGUUGCUGUUGUUCCCAAACUCUUCCAUUUUGUUAUGAUAAAGCUGACAGUUGACUGUGGAAUAUUUAGGAGCGAGGAAAUUUCACGACUGGAUCUGUUGCACAGGUGGCAUCCUAUGACAGUUCCAUGCUGGAAUUCACUGAGCUCCUGAGAGCGGCCCAUUCUUUCACAAAUGUUUGUAAAAACAGUCUGCAUGCCUAAGUGCUAGAUUUUAUACACCUGUGGCCAGGCCAAGUGAUUAGGACACCUGAUUCUGAUCAUUUGGAUGGGUGACCGAAUACUUUUGGUAAUAUAGUGUAUAUGCUUACAGAGAUGGUAAUGAACCGCUGCCUGAGCAAAACCUCACAAUUACAGCUGGAUAAUAUGAAGAUCUAACGUCUAAAUUGUGAUCAAAUGCAGCCCAGAGCGCUUUUCUGGUAUCACGGGUAAUGCCAGUACUGACCAAUUCCACUUUUACUCGCAGUAACAAGUAGGCGAUUCAUUUUAUAAAUAUAUUUUUGUAUUGGGGCGGCACAAAGGCGCAGUGGGUUGAGUUGCCUUUUCAACUGCUUCAGGGUCCCUGGGUCAAUCAUGAGUUCAGGUUGUUGUCUGGUCUGUGCAGAGUUUUGCAAGUUGUCUCCAUGUCCAUGUGGGUUCACAGUUUUCUUCCAUCUCCCAAAAAAAAAAAACAUAUUGGUAUGUGAAUGGUUGUCGGUGUGUGAUGGACCACCGUCCCAUACCCUGUGUAUCCAUGCCACGUGCCCAGUGUUCCUGAGAUAGGCUGUGGAUCCAGCACAACCCUGACCAGUAUAAAGCCCUUACUGAAGAUGAAAAUGUUUGUACUGAAUGUUUAGUUUCCCUGCCAUUUCCUUUUUUUCUCAUUCAAAGCUUUACAUUUUAACAUGCUCUAUUUUGCAGGCUUUGCUAGCAAACCUAAAUAUCAACCUCUGUGUCUUGUAUCAUAUUUUUUGCCACUCGUUUUGGCAUUCAUAUGUAUGUUUCAGUGAAAAAGGCAACCUGACAAUAGGUAAGGUCAAACUACUGACUGAACAAUCAUCAUGUGUUCAAAUGUGUGUAUUGAACAAAGAGUUCGGAUGAGCAUGUUUCCUCUGCAUAUGAUCGUCUAUUAGAUCUAUUUCCAAGCGAAUAAAGAUCAUCUUGGAGUUCACACUGCACUUAAUUUAACUAUAUGCUCCUUAAUGUUCACAUGGCUUUAAUCAAACCUAUGAUUUGAUUGUGUUUUAAUCAUGGGUGUUUACCAUCAUUCCUAUCAGUUUCUCAUAUAUUAUACCACUUACUAAUUCAAGAUGCAAGAUGUUUACUCUAAGACUGUUGAUGCCCAUCAACCACCAAAAGCCAAACUGCAAAAACAUACAUUAUGUUAAGUAUUAAUAUUAUUUACAUACUUGUUAUUUUGCUGUAGAUUUAGAAUUGUUUGUACAGAGCAUUUCAAACCCUGUUUUGACACUGCACACAUUUGUUACACAUUCAAAUGACUGAAAGAAACAAAUAUAAUGCUUGAAAUAUGUGCCAAAUACUGUAUUUUAUGUAAAUGUAUGUCCACCCAUUGAAAAUCAUUUGCAUAUGUACAUAGAAUUUUGCAGAUUGCUAUUUCAUACCAUUUAUCAAGAACCAUUUUUUCUACUAAGCUUCAUACUGACCACUGUUUAGAAACGAUGAUUUAGCAGUAUGACAUGUCUCUACUACCUAUUUUUUUUAUGUCUAUACAUUUUUGCACCAAAUGAACCAUUUCAUUUUAUUUUCUAAUGUAAUAUGAAAAUAUACCAUGCUUGAUAUUUUUUUGUGCUACUGAUGAGUUGAUAUUUUCCCAAAGCAUUUUUUUUUCUUUGAUUUAAUUGUUUGAUAUACGCAUGUAAAUGCAUAAGUAAGUGAAUGUAAAUAUUGUGUCUGAAUCGACUGACUGCAAACAUUUUUAACAAAAAUAACACACUGUACCUUUCCUCACUGCAUGUUAUAUUAUUUUGAUAAAAGGACACUGUUGUCUUGUAUCGUAUUUAAUUUCUUGAGUUCGAUUUGAUGAAAGGACCCCAAUGGAAACAGCAGCUUUAUAAAACUGUGCUGAUGUUUAUGUUCGAAAGCCGUAACAUAAAUCGAUCGUAACGAGCUCAGCCUGGAGAAAUUAAAAUGAGAAAUAGGAUAGGUGACUAUGUAGCUGUUUAACUUCCAGUGAAGUCUGCAUAAAACUGCAGGAGGAGCCAACGCUUGUGCAAUAAUGUUUACCACUUGCAGGCACAUGGGAAUGGGUUUUAAGUGGGUGGGGCUGCCAACUGAAUGGAAAAGUUUGAAAAGUGUAGGCUCUAUGGCUUGUGUGUCUGUGUAAUCUAUCAGCUAUAUCAUUACGCAUCAUGUUUCAUAGCCACAGUAAACAAAUGGCUCCAAGCAUUGCAGUGCAGCCAAGUUGAACACAUUGUCACUGGAUUCUAAUGAUGUAGGUCUACUGUUUAGGUAAUAACAGACCUAACAGAUUCAGUGCAGAUGCAGACACACACAGAUAGCCUAAUCAAACACUACCAACAAACAAACCCAUUAAUGUUAUUCUUCCUACAUGGUAAUAAACGAACACUAACUGCACGGUGCUCGCUGUGGCCUCUGCUGGAGUGGCUGGAUCAGUACCAGUAUUGUUGUUUAUAUCCUUGCCCUGUUAGUAUUUGUGUCAUUAAUUUUUGUUUUCUUUAAAAAUAUUCAUUUGAAAUGAAAUCCAAUAUUCUACUUCCUGUUUUGCUCUUUCUGAUUGCCAAAUGUUCUGUUUUAGAAGCUUUAUUGAAACCAUCAUAAUAGCUUUUCUCAGCAAAUUUGCUCAAUAUAUAACAAAAAAUACUGUAUAUUCAGUGAGACCACUGUUUUACCCAAUGUUUAUGCAUUAUUUUAGCCUAAUUUAUGUUCCAUUUUUUCAUAUUUUUAGUUUUUAUAGCUGCUGCAUGCUAU